CUGCACUGUGUCCGCAGUCUCUGGUCAUCUCCUGCACUGUGUCCGCAGUCUCUGGUCAUCUCCUGUACUAUGUCCGUAGUCUCUGGUCAUCUCCUGUACUUUGUCCGCAGUCUCUGGUCAUCUCCUGUACUGUGUCCGCAGUCUCUGGUCAUCUCCUGUACUGUGUCCGCAGUCUCUGGUCAUCUCCUGUACUGUGUCCGCAGUCCCUGGUCAUCUCCUGUACUAUGUGCUUCUUAUGGAGCGAAAAAUACGGUAAUU